AGAUGUAAACGAGGAGCGCCGUGGCCUUUGUCUGACGUAGACUGGGUAGAUGAAGCCAGAGGGUGGGGUCCAAAAUGGACGUUUGGAUAUUUCAAUUCAUGGCAGCCUGACAUAUCUGUCAGCGUUCGCUGUAACAAUGACAUCAAGCUUCUUACGAACGGCAGAGAUACAGGCAACAUUACCUACUACGAGACUAAUUACGUGAGCAAAAAACAAGGACGGAAUUAUAAUGCAUCAGCAUUAUUCGCCAAGUCUCCGGCAUUUCAGAUGAAAGACAAUGCUUACCUGCAAGAUGCCAGAAAACAUAAUCAGAUUAUGCUAUUUCGUUGUAUACAUGCGAUGAACAGCAAACAGGAAGUGGCAGCGCCGAUGGUGAUGAUGCUACUUAUGGGUUGGGGAUUCACUUUCAGCUCACACCGAUAUGAGACGAUAUAUUGGUCAGGGUUCGUGCGGUACCUAUUGAGGAGUGAUAAUGGUCUACGAUUACCAAACAGGUGCGUAAAUUUCGUUCACCAUCACGGACAAAUAGAUAACUCACAGUGA